AUGAAGACCGCUGCUUACAUGGCCAUGGCCUUUGGCCUGGCCUCUGCCUUCGAGACUCGGAGUCUCGAUACCGAGCCUUGCGACUGUGAGCUCGAAGACCCUUGCUACAUGGCUGUCCAGGAGAACCAUCUCACUCUCUGUGGUACCAAGACAUCUUUCCGCGAUUGCGGUAUCAGCGAACUUCCACUUGUGUGUGGUGACAACGAGGCUGAGCGUCGUGCGGCUGUCAACGAGGCCUGCACUUGCGUUAUCCCCACCACCACCGAAACUGCUACCACCGAGGCUGGCACCGCUACCACUGAGGCCGGCACCGCUACCACUGAGGCCGGCACUGCUUCCACCGAGGCUGGCACCGCUACCACUGAGGCCGGCACUGCUUCCACCGAGGCUGGCACUGCCACCACCGGCACCGAGACUGAGGAUGUCUCCUUGAGCACCGAGAUUGGUACCGAGACCACUGAUGUCGCUACCGGUGUCACUACCGAUGCUGCUACCGAUGUCACCACCGAGACCUCUGCUCCCACCACCACUGAGGAGGACUGCGACGACGAGACCACCACUGAGGGUGCCACUGCCCCUGCCACCGUUGUCACCGGCACUGAGUCCGCUCCUGUUGACACCAACACCGCCACUGUCCCUGUCGACACCGCCACUGAGUCUGCUCCUACCGGCACUGAGACUGCUCCUGUCGACACCAAGACUGACUCCAUCCCCACUGGUACCGAGACUGCCCCUGUUGAUACUGCCACUGAGUCUGCCCCUACUGGUACUGAGACUGCUCCCGUCGACACCAAGACUGACUCUGUUCCUACUGGUACCGAGACUGCCCCCGUCGACACCAAGACUGACUCUGUUCCUACUGGUACCGAGACUGCUCCCGUCGACACCAAGACUGACUCUGUUCCUACCGGUACCGAGACUGCUCCCGUUGACACCACCCAGACUGGUGCCAACGGUGUCUCUACCACUGGUGCUACUGUCCCUUACACCACCAAGACUGUCUACACCACUGCUACCAACACCUACACCAAGUGCCCUGACUACGUCAAGGACUGCCCUGCUGGUAGCCACGGCCCUUACACCGUCACUGAGACCAUUGCUGUUUCUACCACUGUCUGCCCUGUGACCGAGGAGCACCCCUCCAAGCCUACUGGUUACUCUCCUGAGAACCCCGAGAAGUACACCACCAAGACCAUCUACUCCACUGAGGUCUACACCGUCACCAAGUGCCCUCCUUCCGUCAAGGACUGCCCCUACGGAUCCGUCACCACCAAGACCUACCCCGUCUCUACCACUGUCUGCCCCGUUACUGAGGAGCACCCCUCCAAGCCUACUGGUUACGCUCCCGUCACUGAGGGCCACCCCUCCAAGCCUACCGGUUACGCUCCUCCUAACACCAGCACUCUCUACACCACCAAGACCACCUACUCCACCAAGGUCUACACUGUUACUGAGUGCGGCCCUGAGGUUAAGGAUUGCCCUUACGGAUCUGUCAAGACUGAGACUGUUCCUUGCACCACUGUCUACGCCACUGGUACCAAGGAGAUUCCUUCUUACCCUACCGUUGUCAUCCCCGCCAAGCCUGAGUACCCUGCUCCUGAGCACCCUGCCCAGCCCGAGCAGCCUGCUAAGCCCGAGCACCCUGAGACUCCCGCUCAGCCCGAGAAGCCUCACUACCCUGCUCCUGAGCACCCUGCCCAGCCCGAGCAGCCUGCUAAGCCCGAGCACCCUGAGACUCCCGCUCAGCCCGAGAAGCCUCACUACCCUGCUCCUGAGCACCCUGCCCAGCCCGAGCAGCCUGCUAAGCCCGAGCACCCUGAGACUCCCGCUCAGCCCGAGAAGCCUCACUACCCUGCUCCUGAGCACCCUGCCCAGCCCGAGCAGCCUGCUAAGCCCGAGCACCCUGAGACUCCCGCUCAGCCCGAGAAGCCUCACUACCCUGCUCCUGAGCACCCUGCCCAGCCCGAGCAGCCUGCUAAGCCCGAGCACCCUGAGACUCCCGCUCAGCCCGAGAAGCCUCACUACCCUGCUCCUGAGCACCCUGCCCAGCCCGAGCAGCCUGCUAAGCCCGAGCACCCUGAGACUCCCGCUCAGCCCGAGAAGCCUCACUACCCUGCUCCUGAGCACCCUGCCCAGCCCGAGCAGCCUGCUAAGCCCGAGCACCCUGAGACUCCCGCUCAGCCCGAGAAGCCUCACUACCCUGCUCCUCCUGCUGCCGAGACCACCGGCAGCGGCUACAAGGCUCCCGCUCCUAGCCAGCCUUCUGCCACCGUCCCCUACCACCAGCCUACUGGCACCGCUCCCGCCGUCGAGGUCACCGCUGGUGCCUCUCGCUUCGGUGUCGAGAUGGCUGUCGCCGCUGCUGGUAUCUUUGCCAUUCUUCUGUAA